AUGGCCUUCUCAAUAUCAUCAAACCUAAUCCAAUUUCCAAAAACCCCUUCACGAUACGCUCCGAGGAACAAUUUUUUCAAAGGUGAUUCAAUUCCAUUUCCCGGAUUAUGCCGUCAAUUUCCCAGGUUGCCCACAUUAUCUCCAUUGAAUAACUUAAGGGUGAAGUGUGCUGCAUCCUCAGCUGCCGGGAGUUCUAGUUCAAAUAAUGAUUCUAACCCGUACGAGGUUCUUGGUGUAAAUGCCCUCGAGGGAUUUGACAUGGUAAAGGCAGCGUACACAAAAAAGCGGAAGGAUGCUGAGAGGAGAGGGGAUGAGGCCGCUGCUGCUCGAUUGGAAAAAGCUUAUGACAAGAUCAUGAUGUCACAAUUAACAAAAAGGAAGAAGGGUGAGACAUUUGCUUCAUUUAAGGUUUCUAAGGAUAUAAAGUAUGCUGAUAAGCAGCCAAUUGUACCAUGGGGCCCAAGGUUCACCAAGUCAGAUGUGAAAGAUAUAAGAAUCAACAUGGCAAUAUCGGCUGUAUUCACGGCUUGGAUUUUUAUCAAGCGUUCAGCUGAAUAUAAACCUUUACAGUUCUUGGCCUUUGUGUUUGUAUAUCGGAUAUUUGAGAAGUUAAAGGCAUUCGAACCAUCUACAUCAUCUACUGUUUCAGAAGAUGGUGAGGAUGAAGGGAGAAUGUUGCGAAUGGGAAAAAGGUUACUUCGAUCUCUGGCACUGGUUUUCGGUUGUAUAGCUUUCGCAUCUUUGGGAUACACUGGCCUCUUAAAUGUCAUUGAAUUUUCUGUUGGUUAUGUGCCCAUCUUCCUUUACAACAACCAGGAAUUGCUUGUAACUGCAUCCACGGCGCUCUUUCUUUAUGUUCUAGCAUCAUUCUACAGAUGA